CGCUCAAGCGGCAUGUAGGACUGAGGUUUCUGGGUUAUCAAAUAAAAAAGGUUAUAUAAAAUCCAAAGUAAUCAACCUAAAUUCAGGCUCAAUAAUUUAAGCUUGAAAAAAAUUGUAUCAACAAGUAGGGCAGACAAAUGAGCCGGACUUCUCUAAAUUAAAAUCCAACUCAACUAGUACACCCAUAAAAAAAUCAUGACAAAAAAUCUCAUUGGAUUUUGGAAGAAAAUCCUGAUCAAACCUCGCGAGGCAUGGAUAUUCAUAAGUUUGAUGAAUAUAACCGCAAAUAAUUAUUCCGGUCACCCAUUUUUUUUGUUAUUGAAAAAAUUUCUACAAUUUAAUAACGCCGUUAACUUAUUGUUUUACUUUUGGGAUGUAUAUCAUGUGAAAAAUGGAUAGGAUUUUAGCCAAACCAUACACCCAACCCACUAAUUUGGAAAACGAAUUUUACAUACACCUAGCCCAAAAUUCAUCAGCAUUAGGUAGAAAACGGUUUAAGCUAAGUAACCGCGAAUACAAAUUCGUUGAAACACAGAGCACAGCUCUUUUGUUGUACACUUGUACGGUAACCUCAGAUUGGGCCGAAGCCUUGUUUUCUACACAACCAAACCCAGCUAGCUUGCCUUACCUUCCCACCUAAGCCCAGUUAACAAGCCCAUAACGCUCGUCCAACUCGCCCCCUCUUGUUUUCCCUUCCCCGGUUCUCGUAUAUAUUAUACGCUCACUAAACCCUAAUACCGAAACACCAGCAGCCGUCCUGCAGAGCAAAUCCUAGGCCGAAGAAAGGGAGAAAGCCGCUCGCUCUGAAGGUAAUUCUCCUCCGCCGCAUCGCUUGUCGUCGAAUUUCCAGCAUCUGUAUCAUCGUUUAUUCUUUCCCAGAUCUGUCUCAUUUCAUCAUCCUUCUGAAUCUGCUCGUAGUUCGAUUGAAAGAUCGAGUAUUUCUUUGAUUCCCAUUUGCUUGUUCUUUUUGGUUGUGAAUCCUUCGGCUCGCGUUCUGAAUUGAAUGCCUUUGUUGUUGUUGUCGUUCGAUUUGUUUUGUUGCAGGUGAGUCACCAUGAAGCAUAACAAUGUUAUCCCCAAUGGCCAUUUCAAGAAGCACUGGCAGAACUAUGUCAAGACAUGGUUCAAUCAGCCAGCGAGGAAGACCCGCAGACGCGCUGCUCGUCAGGAGAAGGCAGUGAAGAUUUUCCCUAGGCCUACUGCUGGACCUCUUCGUCCCAUUGUCCAUGGGCAGACUUUGAAGUACAACAUGAAGUUGAAGGCUGGAAGAGGUUUCACUCUGGAAGAGUUGAAGGCUGCUGGAAUCCCGAAGAAGCUGGCACCAACCAUUGGAAUUGCAGUUGACCACCGCAGGAAAAAUAGGUCUCUCGAGGGGAUGCAGGUUAAUGUUCAGAGGUUGAAGACUUACAAGGCCAAGCUUGUUGUCUUCCCAAGGCGUCCUGGCAAAGCUAAGGCUGGUGAUUCUGCUCCCGAGGAAAUGGCAACCGCGACUCAAGUCCAGGGUGAGUUCAUGCCUAUUGCACGUGAGACUCCAUCGGUCGAGCUUGUCAAGGUUACUGGCGACAUGAAGUCAUUCAAGGCCUAUGAUAAGCUCAGACUAGAGCGUACCAACCAGCGCCACUAUGGUGCUAGGCUGAAGAAGGCCGAGGAGGCUGCCAAGGAAGACAAAAAGUAAAAAAGAGAACAGUGUUGUGAUCUCCCUUUUGGUAUUCCAUUUUAGCAGUCAGUUUUCCGAGGUAGAGACCGUUAUGGAUUCUGUUUGGAAAAGUUGUUGAAUCUGUGUUUGCCUUGCUCAUACAUUGUCGUUGGAUUAGUAAGGAGAUUUUGCAAUGUGGAAUGGAUGUUUUGUUUCCCUAAGAAUGCUUUAUGCUUUAUAUGAAAUAUGAAUGGAGACUGGAGCUACCUACGAUGAAUUAGUCCGUUGGUUUACUGAUUUACAUUUGGUUUUAAAGAUGCCUUCUAGAGGAAAAUUGAGGGUUUUAGGUAGGGUUUCAAUUAACCCUUAAUCAACGUACGUUUUUGUGAAUGUGGUAAUUGAACACCAUUAGUGCUGAUGUACAUGGAACAUGUUUUGGGUAUCUUGUUUUAGCCAUUUGGGAUAGUGUGUCUGCCAAUCGAUAAGCACUCUGUGUGACUGUGUCUCUGUCACUUUAGAGUUUAGACGAGAACCAACUAGGUAAACUGAACAAGCAAUGAAUUUGGAUGAUGGGUUGAUAUCUAGAAGUGAGUGGAGGAAUCAAGCGGAGGUAAUAGACUGUGACAAUAUUAUUAUCUACUCUCUUUGCCUUCUCCUUCGUUGCUCUCGAGAUGAUCUGUUGUUCACCGUCUGGAAAGACCUACAUGUUCGCCGGAAGGAAAUAUCGGUGGUUCAGAGCAGACUGAGACUCUUGAUCAUGGCGGAAGAAGAGCAUCCACCUCACCCCACCAAGCUGGCUCCUUCUGCUUCUUCUUGUACUGUUUUUUUGAAGAGGUUAGAAGUUUCAAGAAAAGAGUAUUUUUGAGUAAGAAAUUCGGAUUUUUGAAGCGAUUCCAUUGGUGCAUUAUGUUGUUAGUGGUUCUUUCCCCCGCCAUUGUAUAGUUCCGGACUUGAAAGAGAGAACAGGAGUUGCAAAGGCUCUAUAGUGGCUCUGUUUCCCCUGUUUUUGGCUUCUCUAGUUGAAUAAAAUCCUUGUAAUGGAUGCACAUAAUUAGUACAGACAGGUUGAAAUUCUUCUGUUAUUAGAUGAAUUUGCCAUGACCAACUGAUAGACAGCUACAUCAUUGUUGAAUUUGCCUGUUCAUAUCAUUGGUUUGCUUGAUGGGUUGAUCAGUUGGAGCUGGAUGGAUCAUCAAGAGAGGAAAUGACACACAUUUACUAUUUGAUGACUAAUGUACAGAGAUCAAAAGAGCCAUAGCCCACUGAAAUCACUUCACCAAUCUCUCUUCAGAAUUCAUGACUUUCCUUUCCUGCAAUCCGACUAUGGUGCUUAGACCCGCUUCAGCCUCUAAGUCAUGAAGGUGUGUAGCAUGAUCUCCUUUUAGUAGUGAACAAUGACUUGGUUUAAAGGUACAACCACUAGGUUUCAUGUUCAAAUUCCUUGAACGAUAAAAAGCACAAACAAAUCUGUAUCAAGAAUAAAAAAUAAAAAAUAAAAUCCCAGCAUAUUCUUUGUAUUUUGCUUUAAAAAGGCCUUCAAGGGGAGAAGGCAGAUUCCAGAUUGGUAAAUGGUUAAGUUAGGGGGUCUGCAAUGGGCCUUUUUUUCUUUCUGGGCUUGUGGCUAAUUCCUCCUUGGUCUUUUUAGCCAAUCCGACCACACUGUCGUUGUAGACUUGUAGUAGACUAGUAGUUAUUUAAGAUUUGUUUUACAAUGAGUUAAGCAGCCUUUGAUUAACCAUGGGGUUAAUAAUCAGAUAAGAUAAUU